AUGAAGCUCUUGUCCUCCUGGGCUAUUGCCUAUCUGGCAGCCCAGGCCGCUGGUGCUGCCAUCAGCCAUUCAUGGAAUGGGUAUACUAUCACCGAGCACCCCGAUCCAGUUAAGCGGGAUUUGCUCCAGAAACAUGUCACUUGGGAUGACAAGUCUCUUUUUGUCAACGGUGAGAGAAUCAUGAUCUUCAGUGGUGAAAUUCACCCAUAUCGUUUGCCUGUCCCAUCUUUGUGGAUUGAUGUUCUCCAAAAAGUCAAGUCUCUGGGAUUCAACUGUGUUUCUUUCUAUAUCGACUGGGCUCUACUGGAGGGUAAGCCGGGCCAGUAUACUGCCGAGGGAAUCUUCGCUCUAGAGCCAUUCUUCGACGCCGCUAAGGAGGCUGGUAUCUAUCUCCUGGCUCGACCUGGUCCCUACAUCAAUGCUGAAGUAUCGGGCGGUGGUUUUCCGGGUUGGCUUCAGAGCGUGAAUGGAACUCUGCGAAGUGGUGAUGAGGACUUCCUGAAGGCAACGGACAACUACAUGGCCAAUGUUGCCGCAACGAUGGCCAAGGGCCAGAUCACCAAUGGAGGACCUAUCAUUCUUUUCCAACCCGAGAAUGAGUACAGUGGCGCGUGCUGUGGAUACGAAGAUUUCCCAGAUGGAGCUUACAUGCAAUACGUGCAGGACCAGGCUCACAGGGCGGGAAUUGUUGUUCCUAUUAUUAGCAACGAUGCCGGCACUGACGGUCACAAUGCCCCUGGAACUGGCGAGGGUGAAGUGGAUAUCUACGGCCACGACAACUACCCUCUCGGCUUUGACUGCUCAAAUCCUUCGACCUGGCCAGCGGGAAAGCUGCCCACUGAUUUCUAUAAGAUACACAUGGAGACGAGUCCUGCCACCCCGUACUCUUUGGUCGAGUUCCAAGGUGGUGCCUUCGAUCCAUGGGGAGGUGCUGGGCUCGACAAGUGUGCUGCCCUCCUGAAUCAUGAGUUCGAGAGAGUAUUCUAUAAGAACAACCUCAGCUUCAGAGUCGCAAUCUUCAACCUGUACAUGAUCUUUGGUGGCACUAACUGGGGUAACCUGGGCCACCCCGGUGGUUACACUUCCUAUGAUUAUGGUUCCGCAAUUACUGAAUCCCGCAACAUCACCCGUGAGAAGUACAGCGAGCUGAAGCUGAUUGGCAACUUUGCAAGAGCGUCAUCGGCCUACCUUCUAUCAACACCAGGAGAGUUGACCACUUCCAAGUACACCACCUCGUCUGAUCUGGCCGUGACUCCCCUGCUCGGGGGCAAGAAUACUGCUUCUUCCUUCUUUGUUGUCCGUCACUCCGACUACUCGUCCCAAGCAUCUGUCGACUAUAAGCUCAAGGUUCCUACCAGCGCCGGUGAAGUGACUAUUCCCCAGCUUGGCGGAAGCCUUACUCUCAGCGGCCGUGAUUCCAAGAUUCAUGUCGUUGACUAUGAUGUGGCCGACACUAAUGUCCUCUACUCUUCUGCCGAGGUCUUUACCUGGACCAAGUCUGGUAAAUCUAAGAUUCUUGUGCUGUACGGAGGCCCUGGCGAGCACCAUGAGCUAGCUGUCUCUUCCAACUCGAAGGCCUCUGUUAUCGAAGGGUCAUCGUCGAGCAUCACCACUAAGAAGGUGGGCAAGGCUGUUGUUAUCGGCUGGGAUGUCUCCACCACUCGCCGUAUCGUGCAGGUGGGUGAUCUGAAGAUUGUUCUUCUGGACCGAAACUCUGCCUACAACUACUGGGUUCCUCAGCUCCCAGCCAAAGGCGAGAGCCCUGGCUAUAGCACCCAAAAGACUGCUCCCUCAUCUCUGAUCGUCAAGGCCGGAUACCUCGUGCGAACUGCUUUUGUGAAGGGCAAUGACCUUCAUCUCACUGCUGAUUUCAAUGCAACCACCCCAAUUGAGGUACUUGGCGCUCCGUCCAAUGCCAAGAACCUGGUUAUCAACGGCAAGAAGGCGAAUGUCAAGGUUGACAAGAACGGAAUCUGGUCCACCAGCGUCGCUUACACGGCACCGAAGGUCGAGCUUCCAACCCUGAAGAGUCUGAAGUGGAAGUCCAUUGAUACUCUGCCUGAGCUCCAAGCCUCGUACGAUGAUUCCAAAUGGGUUUCGGCAGACAAGCCCACCAAAAACAGCGGCCAUGCACUCAAGACUCCAACUUCGCUGUACUCCUCCGACUACGGCUUCCACACCGGAACCCUCCUCUUCCGGGGCCACUUCGUCGCAACCGGCAACGAGAAGACUUUCUCCCUCCAGACCCAAGGAGGCAGCGCAUUUGGCAGCUCCGUAUGGCUGAACGAGAACCACAUAGGAUCAUGGAGCGGAAUUGGCCCUGACGCCGACCACAACGGAACGUACAAUCUACCAACCCUGAAGAAGGGCAAGUCGUACGUGUUCACCGUGGUCGUGGACAACAUGGGCCUAAACGAAAACUGGAUCGUGGGCGAAGACCAGAUGAAGCUCCCUCGCGGUAUCCUAAACUACGAGCUGUCCGGCCACCCAGCGAGUGACAUUGCCUGGAAGCUGACCGGCAACCUGGGCGGCGAGGAUUACCUGGACCAAGUGCGUGGCCCGCUCAACGAGGGUGGUCUCUACGCCGAGCGUCAGGGUUUCCACCAGCCCAAGCCGCCGACUCAGAAAUGGGAAUCCGGUAGUCCCUUCGAGGGCUUGUCAAAGCCUGGAAUCAAGUUUUACACUACAAGCUUCGAUCUGGAUAUGGAGAAGGGCUGGGAUGUUCCUGUGUACUUUAAUUUCGGGAACAGCACCUCGUCGCCGGCUUACCGUGCUCAGCUCUAUGUCAACGGGUACCAGUACGCCAAGUAUGUGAGCAACAUUGGUCCCCAGACGAGCUUCCCUGUUCCUGAGGGUAUUCUCAACUACCGGGGUACCAACUAUUUGGCCUUGAGUCUGUGGGCGCUUGAUUCAAAGGGUGCUAAGUUGGAGAGUUUGGAUAUGGUUCAUACCACUCCUGUGCUGACGGCGCUGGAUGAGGUUAAGCCCGCGGGCCAGCCUGAGUACGAGAAGCGUAAAGGGGCUUAUUAG